AAUUAAUUUUUCUAGGCCACUUCCUUCACACAUUUUGCCCCCCGUCUCUGUCUCCGUUUCUGUCUCUCGUCUCAAAAAAGCUCUCUUUAAGAGAACGGACCCGGCAAGCCACAGCCUACGGUGUCUCGCACCCUUCCCAGCUUCUGGUUGACCACAGCGGACUGAGCAAUUCGGAUACCCAGCUUAUUAAUUGUCUAUCAUUUGCAUUUGCUGUCGAUUUGCUGAUCUCUCUCUGGUUCAGAAACUUUUGAUCUGACCAACAAUGGCUGAGGUUGAACUGAGGACUGCACCAGCUGAUUUUCGAUUUCCGACAACAAACCAAACCCGACACUGUUUCACACGAUACAUUGAAUUUCACAGAUGUUUGGCAGUAAAGGGAGAAGAAGCUAGUGAAUGUGACAAAUUUGCCAAAUAUUAUCGGUCUCUUUGCCCUGGUGAAUGGGUUGAAAGGUGGAACGAGCAGAGAGAGAAUGGGACUUUCCCGGGGCCUCUCUAAUUGAACAUCUUUAUUUGGGAUGAUUUCUCUUUUGAAAUCGGGGUUUGCUGAACAGCUUUGUCAUUUCUUUCUUUAGAGCAAUGUGUUUGGUUUUUUCCUUGAAGCUUGUAUGAAGGCACGCUUCUCAUGUAAACCAAAAAAAAAUUAUAUGCAUCUUAUGUUAAUUUAUUA